AUGCCAGCCUCUUUGUCGGCCCUGUCGGAAUCAGAAUAUUCUGCGCUCGGCCGGGAGGCCAUCAUGAAAUUAGAUUGUCGUGUGAUGCCCUGCAUGGUCAUCAUGUACAUCUUGAACUAUCUCGAUCGACAGAACAUCGCGUCAGCAAAGUUGGCAGGAAUUGAAGAAGAUCUCAGGAUGAACGAUGUGCAGUACCAGACUUGCAUUAGUAUUCUGUUCGUCGGCUACAUCUUAAUGCAAGUCCCUUCCAACAUUGUUGUUGGGAAAAUUGAGCGUCCUGGCAUGUACAUCUGUAUUUCGAUGGCACUGUGGGGUGUCAUUUCUGCGUGUAUGGCUUCGGUGCAAAACUAUUCGGGGAUCUUGGUUUGCCGUUUCUUUCUUGGGUUUGUCGAGGCCAUCUUCUUCCCAGGUGCUUUGUUCUACCUGUCGCUUUUCUACAACCGAAAGCAAUAUGCCCUGCGAACCGCAAUCUUGUACUCUGGGUCCCAGUUGGGGAACGCAUUUGGGGGUCUUUUUGCGAUUGCGAUUCUCAAACUGGAUGGCGUGCGUGGAUUGACAGGAUGGCGAUGGCUCUUUCUUGUGGAAGGCGUCGCUACUGUCGGCUUUGCCUUCAUCCUUGCGUUUAUACUACCGAAUUCUCUGAAGUCGCUGCUGGGCUUCACCGAGCUGGAGAAGGAGUACCUUCAGUGGAACUUCGAAUCGGACCAAGGACAACAAGACAAUGCGGAUGAGGUCGGCGCAUGGAAGGGGACAAUGAUGGCCCUGACAGACCCCAAGACCUGGCUCAUGAUGGGGACCCUGUACAGUAUCUAUAUUUGUGCUGCUGUCACCAACUUCUUCCCCUCAGUCGUCGCUACACUGGGCUACUCACGGAAUACAACCUACGGGCUCACAGCACCGCCAUAUGUUCUGUCCGUAGUCGCGAUGAUCAUCAAUGGAUUCCAUUCUGACAAGAAGCAAGAGCGGUAUCUGCAUAUCGUAUGUCCCAUGAUCGUCUGUCUGGUCGCCAAUAUCAUUGCCGUGUCCACGCUCAACACCGCGGCGCGAUAUGUUGCAAUGAUGUUGAUGCCUGGCUCAUUCUAUUCGGCCUCGACUAUUCUCUUGUCAUGGGUUGCCGGCUCGAUCUCGCAACCCUCCAUCAAACGGGCAUCCGCCAUUGCCCUAAUCAACGCGAUCUGUAAUACUCCAAAUGUUUGGGCUUCCUAUUUGUACUUCUCUGAGCCUCGAUAUCUUGUGGCAUUUUUGGUCAAUCUGGCCGCGGCCGCUCUAACCAUUGCGCUGGCUACGGUAACGAGAAUGUAUUUACGACGACAGAAUCAGAGACUGGAUAGUGGCAUGGAUACCGGUCGUAAUGGACCUACUGGGGCUCAGAAGGCUGCUGGGUUUAGAUAUACGCUGUGA